GGGGUGGUGGUGGUGGUGGUGAUGGGGAUGUGGUGGUGCCAGUGCCUUCUUGCCACCUCCGCCUGCUGCACACCACACUGUUGUCAGAUGCGAGCUGUGCGCCGCUGUACCGCCGCUGUACCGCCACAGCUCCGCGCUACGGCAGGUCCUGUGGCUGGCCCCGUGCACGCAGACCCACGCUGCACUCGCAUGCAGCACACCCGCGCACCUUGCUACAGAAGGUGAGCUGAACCGGCAGGUGGGCUUAGAAGGGAAGAGCCGGAGGCGAGGAAGCCAGCGACGCAGGCGGGUAGAUACAGGCGCCUGGUGCUGGCACAACAACAGCUGUCAUGCUGGAGGCAGGUUCCUGACACCGAGCCAACGACGACUCCACGGAGGCCGCGAGGAAGGAGUGAGUGCAACAAAUUCCUGGAGAUUAUCAACAAAACUGCCAACUUGCUCUUGGAGUUUCCAUUUUCAUACCUUCUAGAACGAUGAACGAAUUCAUAGACACAACCUCCUAACAGAUCUUUUUAGCAAUUUCCGAUGAAAGAGUUGCUGGUCCUGAUUUAUUGAGAAUUUAGAAAACUUGGCAAGAGUUGAGCUCCGUGAUUGUUCUUAGCAGGAUCAGAGAAUACAGAAAAUGCUUUCUUUUUUCAAGAAUAUAUUUGUUGUAAGGUUUUGAGUUUUCAGAGACUGUCAGUGAAAUUUUUCUAAAAUUACAGUCCGUGGGCCUCGAGGAACACGAAAUCACUGAGGCAGGCAGGUGGAGGAUUGUGUUGGCGGGGAAAAUAUUCGUGUUGCCUGAUGCAUUGUGAUGUGUUAAGUGUGUGUUGCCAACAGAUAUGAGCAGACUGUCUUCCAUGAAUGCUGGAAUCAUUAUGCAGCAUUACUAAUUGGACAACUAUUAUUUAUUAGAAAACCAUUACUAUAAAGGCUAGAGGAUCCGGAGGAGAAUCGACUCCUAAGCCAUUAUUAUAGUCAGCUUCUUCAAGGUGAGACCGCAAGGAGUAGAUUAUUUUCAGCAUCGUAGAACUUCAAGGAGCUGGAGCUUUAAGAUUACAAGAAGGUGAAGCCAUAGCAACACUUUUAGCCACUUCCGGUAGCGUUCUCCAUCUACCGACCAGGGAGAGAAUGACUGAAUGAGUGCUAGAGAUCGUCCUGUUUGUUGUUUGUCCAGAAGGAUUUAGCCAAGAGAUUGUGUCCUCCAUACAGGAUGGCUGGCAACUUGUCUAACCCUCGUGGUGAUUUAUCAUCUCGGGUUCCUAUCAUUGUGGUGGAAGGUCCAGGUAGCACAGAACAGAAAGACAAGAACGAUAACCCCCAAGCUCGCAACCCUACGUCACGACUUCCUGUGCGGCCUCGGAGCUUCGGCCAGGUCGGGGGCAUCCUAGGAACAAACACAGACGGAGGUUCGCGAGCUGGAGAGAAAGAGAAAGAAACUUCACUUUCCGGAAGUAACAAAGGGAGACAACAAGGGAAAGAGCACACCAUCGGGUCUUCGCGACCGAGUAGCGUCAACGUGGACGGAAGUGGCACGCUGCCUAGCAGCCCGACCAGCAGCGGCGCAGGAAGCCCCGGAUGUAGUGGCAGUAUGACGUCACAAGAUAGCCAGGAUUACGACACAGUUGCUUUCCAACGCGACGGUGACAAAAACGAUCCAGUGCCCAUCCCCAUUUGGGAUAUACCGGCCAUGGAUUCGAACCCAAGACCUCCGAGACCACCCAACAAUCAGAAACCUGCGCCCUCGUACGACGACUGCAAAGUGACCUUCUCCGGGGCGAUAACCCCAGAAAAGCCAGAAAAGCGCCCCCUCCCUCAAGACAGCCCGUCGAAGUGUAAGAUGGAGGAGUGCGUGUUUGAUGUCAUCGAGCUUCAGAAGGACUCCACGGGCAAGGCGCCGAGUCCAGUGCGAAACGACGUGAAAGAUGGAACGAAGAAAGAAGAGAAGGUGACGCCGUUCAAAGCCAUGAGUGACAUCCCCAACACCAACUUCGCCAUCGCCUGCAUGGUGGCCUUGUGCUUCAACCUCCCCUUCGGCAUCCUGGCCAUGUACUUUUCCCUCCGUGCCGUGCGCGCGUACCAGGAGGGGCGCCACGACAUGGGUGAGAGGCGGAGCCGCUUCUCCAUCGUCCUGAGCUUGCUGGGCAUCACGAUAACGACGGUCAUCAUCUCCAGCGUCGUCCUGUACAUCGCAAUACAGGGCCAGAAGCGCAUCAGCCGACACCGCGCAUACCAAAGUAAAGGCGGCCUCAAUCUCUGACGACCCUCGGACGCCAGCAGAGGACGACUGAGAUGUCUGAUGCCAUGUGACCGCCAGCAAAGAUGGCGAUGAGGGACUGUUUAAUGUUUGUUGCCAUGCGCACACCAGGACUGGAAGCCUAAAUAUCUGACGAUGAUCUGAUGCCCGGCAAGGUGGGACAUGCUCCAUAUCUGACGCCGUUCAGAUGUCAGCCAAUGGCGAACCUUAUAUCUGACUCCUUGUUCUCGACCAAUCUCUGGUUCAGCUGGUUGCCGCAGGACUGGAGACAGACAUGUUCUGUGGACAACAUUCGCCAUUGUGGUUGUGUCGAUGACCAUCUGUUCCUCUAGUGGCCUUAUCACUAAGUGCUUACGAACUGUGCUUGGAGUGGAAUAUGUUAAUGACAGUUACACGUGUAAGACCAUUCUUUCAGACAACAGAUCCGUUUGAAUACCUGUCAACUCACCUGUAAACCUCGCCUUCCUUAAGAUGCAAUGACAGGAGGAGGGUCAAUGAUAUGAAGAGUUGCACAGUCAGUUAUAGGAUAGACAUCAGAUUCACAUCACGUGUUCCUGUACACCUGUACUUCUUUCUGUUAUUGGAGACUGGCCAUCCUGUGAGACACUCCAUGGACGAGCAAGUUACAUAACUGAAUGUUUGUAACAUUAGAGGAACUGUCAAGAAACAUUCUUCAUAUGUUUGAACAUUAUGUUCCGGGAAAUAUUUCUACGGCGAAAAGAACAAAGAUGUUCUACGUGGAGAUGUUGCUGCAUGAAUAUUUUUCUUGUUUAUUAUCGUUUGCUGUGUGGGUUUGAUUCAAUAGUUAUAAUAAUACUAAAUUCAUUUGUUUUGGCUUAGUUUGGCAAAGUUGACUGAGAUGCUGUUCGUGGAGUGAUGCUGUGGCCAGUCUGAUGUGUUUGUCGUGAGAGGUCGCCACUAGUAGACGUGUAGUCUGUAGUCAUAGACACUAAUAAGUGCCUGAUUGUACAAAUACUGUUCAUGUAUUCACUGUCACUUUUGUUUGCUCGCACAAUGUGAAAGAAUUUCAAGCCUAUUCCAGUUUUGACUUAUGUGUUACUCGUUACAACGAUCUUAGAGAGAUAACUUAUUGUUGAUCUUACAAUAUUUUUUCCUACGCGCUUUCAAAACCUCCUUGAUGGAUGGAAGUCAAGCGCUAGAGUUUGUGAAUGGCAUUUUCUGGUUUCUUCAUGGCUCCCAUGCAUCCGAUUGGAAGGAUGAGAUACCCCAAUGGCCAAGAACAGAUCACAUACAAUCAAAUAUUUUGCCACGACAUCUUCCUCGGCGAUGUCCUGGGUCUUGUUAACAUGCAUUAGGAGUAGAGAGUUCUUUGUAGAUUGGAUUGUGAAAAGUGUCGAAAUGUGGAAUAGCCCGAAGUUCAAAAACAAACUAAAUGUGUAUAUAUGCAACAGGUAGAUGGUUCGUUGUCUAGUUUGAAAUGGCCAUCUGCUGGAAACUCUUCUCCCUAAGCCAAGAUGUGUCCAUAUCUCUCGCUUAAGUCUGGAAGAUACAGUUAUCUCUUUGGUGCAAUUUUCAGGUUAAAAUUAAGAUUUUUUUUCUCUGAAGCACGGAUCUGUCGAUUCUUGUUUUUUAACUUCCUGUAGACUGGAGAGGAAAAUGGACCGUUUGACAUCUGUGGAAACGAACCAUGAAGUGCGUGUGCGCGCGUGCGAGUUUGGGUUCGAAGGAGAGGUAGAAAAAGGGAGAGAAAAAUUUUUUUUUUUAGGAAAGGAUGAGUGAAAGAAAGAGAAAGAAAAAGGAUGAAAGAUUCCUCACAGUAUUGAUGUGUAACAGUUUCAUAUAGUCUGUCCUCUUUGAUGAUAGUUGUUGUACGUGGUUGUCAUGUUUACUAAGCAGAGGGCGCAGUGGACAAGAACUAGGUGGUCAUUCUUACUUAUGGUCAUCGUGUUCACCUGACCACCAGGGUUCGCUUGCAGGAGGUAGUUGUGCUGACCACAUUAUAGAGUGCCUUAACAUUGCUUUGUUCUAACUGGCAACUAUUAUUUCCCGAGAAAGCGAUUAGAAUUGAUAGCCAGGAAGACUCAGACAACUAAGGUGUGUUCGUUCAUAUCUGUACAGUGAUUCUAAUUUCUAAUAUCUUUUUGUUACUAUAUAUCUUAUUUGCCUUGCUAUUCAUUUUCGACACUUUGGAACACAUUCAGAGUCUCAGUUUUUGCUUGCUUAAUAACUAUGAAGAAUUUGUAUCAUCCUCUACUCAUGUCUUGUAUAGGUGUGAGGAUUUUUGCAUUACAAAGUUUUCAGUAUAAAUACAACUGAAUUGAGAGAGUACAGGUCUGUAAAAUGUGGUGACCUAUUUCAAAGAUGAAAAAUAUUAGUAACAUUAAUGUGCUUGUCAUGUUUUUCUUUCUGUAUUAUGCGUGUUCCACUUGUUAUCCUACAGAUGAUGAGUGAUCAUUGUGAUUUUCAAACAGCCACAUAAAUCAGUUUUACAUCAGCCAAAACUUUUCCUUCAUCUUGUUCUUUUACCUUUUUUCCAUCUCUCUUUUUUCUGCUUUCCAUAAAUUAAAAAUAUCCAUUGAUCAUAAACACGUGAAUGACGAUUUCAAGAAGAAAAAAAAAACAGAUACAAGUUUCUAGUAAUGCAAUUUCAAUUGUCCACUUUAUUUUGACUGUCAUUCUUGGAGUUACGAUGAUCGUAAAUAUUGCAGGAGGUCAGAGAUGUUGUGUGCUCGGAGUUUUGUGAAGGGACAAACGCUUGCCUGUUCGUUACAGCAAUAAAAAUGGAACACAUC